AUGUUUAACUGUGCUAUGUGUGAAAAAGUGUACGUACAUAAGCGCGAUUUGAACAGACACGCUAAAACCCACGAUGGAUCAGUGAUUUCGUGUGGAAUAUGCUUCAAGACGUUCGUCCAGCGGAACAACCUCAAUAUUCACGUUCAAAAAUGUCACAAGAUCGUUAAAAACACUCCAGAAUUCCACAGUGCUGUACGAAUAGGCGGUGCAAUGGGUCGCACAUCAGUCAUAAAGUGGGCACCUUCCGCCGCUACACCGCAUGCUCGACCAGAUGUUCUGACUCCGACGGUCAUCUCGCCACGCCGCGGUCGUGUGGACAUACCUACCCCCCAAAUUCAAGCCUCAUCAUCAUCAUUGUCCAGCCGCACACCGAUUAUCGUUUCCCCGCCACCCGCACAGACCACCACGACAUGGUCCAACGUGACAUCCCCCGCUACCACCGCGCCAUCGAGGCCAGAUUCGCCAUUGCCGAACGAGGAAGGUGUCGCUUGUACAGAGAAUACUCCUAAAAACAUAAAACGUAAAAAGUCACGCAUGCAAAGGGUUAAUACGCCGGGCUUUAUCGAAAUUGAAUCUUCGCUCAGCCGCGCGCUUUGGUCUUCUCUAUUAAAAAUAAAUAAAUAA